AUGGGAUUGACCCUGAUCAAAGUGGCUGAUGACGAGUACGCAAAGUACCAGGCUCAGAAUAAGCGCAACUGCCACGUUGAACAAAUCAAAGUAAAAGUAGUAAAUGAAUUGACCGAAAACUAUCAUCGGUUACUCAAACAGGCGCUGUCCGAACACACCUAUUUAGAGCCAUAUCAAUUUGAGCCUAUUCACAAGAAUGUGCUUGAUAAAUUGCGUAAAAUACACAAUGAGCUUGUUGACGAGCAAGCUAAUCAAUUAAUUGGCGAAACAAUUGAUUGUUAUAGUGAUUUUUUGGACAAAACUGUGCCUGGUGAGCGUGAAAUUGUUGAGAAAAUAAACGCCGCCAAGUUUGGCAAAACUAGCACAAUUUCCAUACACUUUGGCCAUGAUAGUUUACAGUGUGUUUAUUAUGGCGAUGAUCCGGGUAGUAUGACUAAUAUCACAAACGCUGACGGUUCGCACUUUGUCAACUCGAUCGCUUUUGACAAGGAAUCUGGCACGUUUUUAUACGGCAAUGAUGCACUGGCUUAUUAUGGUCUCAGACAUCCAUUUGAUCUGGUUCAAUUACUGACCAGGAGCUGGAACAUCAAAGAAUUAAAAGAAAUAUGCCCAUUAUAUUUUAUAUUGGCCGAAGAGGGUAACUGUUAUAAAGUGCUCUUGGUCACCAAUCAUGGCCAGUGUCGCCUCUAUGUCGAGUCGAUGAUAGCGUUACAGGUGCGGCAUGUGAAGCACCGGGCGGCACACCAAUUGGGCACGGUCAUCAAUAAUGCUGUUUUUAUUGUGCCCACCUAUGACAAAAUGGACAUGGGCAAAUUUGAGGCCCGCCUGGCCAGCGCGGCAGAUUUAGCCGGCUUUCACCACGCGCAUACUAUCUCCGAGAUGAGUGCCGCUUUUAUUGGCUACACGUACAAUAUGGUCACGUGCGCUGUGCGCCUACCGGUGCCCACCUGUUUCAUGAUGAUCAUGUUUGAAAAUGACACCCGCUAUCAGAUAUCAGUGAUGGAAAUACACAGAUCGAAUGAGAUUCAUUAUCUGGCCUAUGAAUGUCACACAGAUGAACUCCGAAACUCUAAAAUAUGGGACAACUGGUCACUGCGUGAUAAAAAGAUCAAUUUCGAACAUCACCUAGAUGACACAAUCAAACGUGGUGCUUUGAUAUACGGAAAACUAAACGAGGUGCCCAAUAAAUCGCUGCUAAUAAUUACGCUACACGCGGAUAAACCACACGUACAGUUAAGCCCAGGUCAAAUAAAACAAGAGUUGGACAUUUUGCAUAAGCUACACGCAUUUGAUGAAUGUGCAAUUACCAACUCGCACAUUAAACAACCAGUCGCUAAAUCGUACGCUGAUACUUUGAGCAACAAUUUAUCGCCAAGCAAAACUGAACACAUUAAAUAUAAUGCGACCACAUUCAAAGAUCAGGCCAAUAGACAUUAUGUAAACAUUGCCAAAGCUUACCUGGAUCAAACAAAACAGGCCUACGAUAUAGCGGUCAAUAUUGUCAAUAAACUAUACCGCGAGUAUGUGGAGAGUGUUGGCCGGGAUGUGCACGACAAAUUUAUUGCACUUGAUGAAUUGCAAAAACUAUUUGACCAGCGCAUAACAACAAUAAUUGGCAAACUCAACACGGACAUGGACAUUUUUGAACAGAACUGGAACAAACCAAUGGCCAAUCGCAUCAAAGAGACCAAGGGCAAACAGUUGCGCAAAGUCUUAAACAACGUGCAGGGUGAUCUACAACUCCGAAACCUACGCCACGCACCCCCACCCACAGCACUGGGCAUAUACUAUAACCCGGACUACACUCUGGGCGCCCACUUUGAGUACAAUCGAAAAACUACUGAAUUUGUACGUCAAGUCCCGGACAGUGACGGACACCCGGUGUUUGUUAAUUGCAUAGCGUUUAAAGGCAAUGAACUGGUGUUUGGGGCCGACGCCCGGCCGUACGACGGAAACACUACCCCACUCAACAUAACCGGCCUAUUAGGUGCCGACCCGUCGGCCACCACUGAUCAGCGCUGGUCGGGUUUGCCGUUUCAGUUGUUGCCCACACAACCUGUUAUGGCUCGGUUGGUGAUCGGCGCCGACUCCCCGGCCAACAACUUUAACAUUGAGACAAUAGCGGCCCUCCAAUUGUUACGCGUCAAACACGCGGCCGAAACACAACUGGGUGGUAAUCAGAAAAUAACCCAGUUAGUGUUUACUGUGCCCACACAUUAUACAUUGCGCCAAAGGCGGGCGCUGAGAGAUGUAGCAAAAUUGGCCCAAAUUGACCAAGAUAAAGUCUAUAUACUGACAGAAAUGACAGCCAUUGCCAUUUCGUACGCCAUUAAUGUUAAAUUGGACUCAGAAUUGAUCAUGAUUAUUUUGGUCAAUGACCUGGAAUCUGAGUUGGCAAUCAUUCGGGUCAAUUGUGAUUGUAUUGAUUAUUUGGCUUAUAACACCAUGAGCAAUUAUAUCGAUAGCAAUGAGGGUGAUUUCGAUAUCAACAAUAGAUUGACUGAUUUGUUGUCAAAUAUUUUUAUAAAAGCCAAAGCACUUAAAAUGAUCGACAUUAAAGACAUUAUUAAACACAAUAUCUAUAUCGAGACAGACGACACCUCGGUCAAACAGACGACCCUAAUUGAACGUAAUAAAUAUAUCUCUGACUAUAACAAAAUCACAACUAGAGAUAUACAAUUAAAUUCAAACAAUACCAAACAGCAAACAAUUGUUGUAAAUAUUACCGAGAACAGUUGCCUAAUUAAAUUGUACAAGUUGGACAUCAGCAAAUUGGGCCGUUUUAUUACGAUUAGUUACCAGAUUGACAAGGCUACUUGUGAGCUCAAAUUGACAUUGAUGGCCAAGAAGGCAAACACCAGGUAUUCAAGCGAGACAAGAGUUGACCAGGUCAAUUUACACCUAACUGAAAACAACAUACGGACCCAGAAAAUGAUGAUGGCAGAGUUUGGCAACAAAAACAUCACACCCGAUAGGCCAGCAUUGGCAUACAAUGAGCGCCAAAAUGUGCCAGGCACAUCUGGUCAUAGAGAGGGCAAUAUAAUCGGUAGUAUAAGUACCGUUAAUAGUAUGCCCGGAGCCGCGCCGGCAGUCAUGGCUGGCAAUGAAUGGACAGAGUUUUCGGUCAAAAUUAAAACCGGUUUAGAGUCUGAGAGAGUGGGAGGGGAUCAAGAGAUUGAGCAAGCUCAUUUGAGAGCCAUCGAACAGGAAUUGGAUCAAGAGCAACCGAUUGCCAUCGAUGGUAGUUACACCAAGGUGUUUCUAGAGCGAUACGAUGCCUACCACAAGCACAUAAACAACCUGGACACUCUCAAUCGCACGAAUGACCAAGAAGCGUUGACAACUAAAUUGAACCAGUUGUAUAAGCGUAUUGACGGGCUCAGGGCUAAUUUAAACAUGAAUGCUGUAAAACAGUUAAACGCAAUGUACCAAAGAGUUAAAUCUAUUCCUGGCAAAUCAUUCUUGCUUAAUUAUAUUUGGAGGUAUAUAAAAGAGAAUUUGCUAAACACUGUGACACCCGAGUCGGACACUCCACUCAUCGGUUUUGAGUGGAAUAAUGGGUUAGAGUUGGUUACAAAUGGCAUCUGGUUUUCAACACCAAUGAUCGUAACCAACAAAUCGGGCGAAGAGUUGGCCAUCAUUUUGAUGGACACUCAGGGACUGUACGACGAGAACUAUCCGGAACCCGAUUGGGCCGCCAUUGUUGGCCUGAGUCUACUCAUGUCGUCCACAAUAAUAUUCAAUGUGUUUAACAGUCUAUCGGAAGACGUGUUGAAAAUUAUGCAUCAGUUUCUUGAGUUGGGUUUAGAGGCCGUCCGGACGGGCGGUGCAGAUACUCGUGAGACCACUACCGGUGCUCUCAAUGAUAAACCAUUUCAACAGUUGGUGUUUACGAUCAGGGACUGGACGAGUCCGCACAUUCACCCGUGCGGAGCCGAUGGUGGCCAUCAGUAUCUAAAGAGCAAACUGCAAGUCAGGGCCAAUCAGGCACCAGCCGCACAAAAGGCCCGACAAAUUAUUGAUGACUGUUUUGAUGGCAUUGAAUGCUAUCUAAUGCCGGAGAGGGGACCGGAGGCCCGGGCGGCUGAGUUUGAUGGCCGGCGCCCACAACUGAGCGCUGAGUUCAUUGAAAUACUGGACGAGUUUUGCCGUAAAAUUUUAGCGCCCGACAGAUUGACACCUAAGAUGACCGGCGGGCGGCCGUUGACGGGCCGGGCUUUUGGUCAGUACAUCAAAGUCUAUGUAGAUAUGUUCAAUAGCGGUCAGAUCCAGGGGUGCGAUAUGUUGGAGGCCCUGAGCAAAAUUACCGACCAUCAUCUAAUUAAUCAAAUUAAGGAUGAUUAUCAACUUAAACUACAAGACCUAAUCAGUGAUGAGCGCCGGGAGGGUCGCAGUCGACGUGAAUUGACGGUCGAGACGGACUCUCUGGGAGACAAAUGUCGGCAAACAUUUGAGUCACAGAAAAAAUCGGCAAACGAUCGUACGGUACGGGAGUUGCGGGAAGUGUUGGCCGCGGCCUUAACUGAGAUGACCGGUCGAGCACUGGACGAGUACGACAGGCGCCGGGCGGUGGCCGCCGAGCGAGUGAUUGGCGAUUUGGUCGACCAGUUUAAGGCCACAAUCGGCCCAAUGGGUUCCGGGCACGAGUACUACGGCGAGCAUGAGUUUGAGACAAUUAUGUCUAACAAGAUCGUUGAGUUAACGGCCGAGUUAGAGCUGUUCUGUCUUGAAGAUGAUGAGUUGUUGGCCGCCAAUCAAGAUAAAUUUAAAAAUCAAAUUGAUUUUCACGGCAAAGCAUUUAUGGAAGAAAAUCGGCGCCGAAUACAGGGGCUGAAAGAGUUAUACGAUUCAGAACUUACUAGGCUAAAAGCUGAUUAUGAUCAGACCAUGGGCGAUCUAUUCACGGACCCUGAGCAAUCAUAUCACCCAGACGACCUGGAUACACUGCAAACUACGACUACCGCUGACACACUAACACAAUUAAACCAAUACACGGCGAACAACCACGCUGUACCAAUCGAGCCCUACAAAACUAACCUGGGCAACUACUGUCAAAGCAAGUACACCGACUAUCUGGAGAAAAACGGCAUUCGGCGCGAGAGGGCCGAAGUGGAGGCCCGGGAAGAGCUCCGGGAGCUGUGCGAUGAUUACGAGCACGAGUUGGAGCGCUUGAUAGAGUUGGGUGCGGCCGGUGCCGACACUUUUGACGAGUUCCGACCCGAGGCUCGAGCUGUGGAACAGCGAAUGGUGGCCGAGCGCCGGGACCGACAGCGCCCGGCCGGUGGCGCCCGGCGUCCAGCGUUAGACAUGCGCGACGUGAGCGCCCGGUUCGCCGAAAUACUGGCCGACAGUCAGUAUAUAUUUCUGGAGAAGAAACGAAAGGAGGGUUUGGCUACUGAGCAGCUCCUGGACGCUGUGCUCAAGGCAUACACCGAGCGAAUGGCCCGACACCGGGAGGACACGGCGUACAUCAAGUCCGACCGACUUGACCAGAUUCACGGUAAACUGUGCGACGAUCUAUUGGCCGAGUUUGACCACAAACGCCAACAUUUGACCAUGGACAAAUUUGCCGACAUGGUGAGCGAAAUGUUGGCCCGCGUGUAUCAAUCCGUACGCGACGAUAACGAUAAAAAUACGCCAACUUUACCGGCCAUCGGCAUUGACCUGGGCACAACCAACUCGUGCGUGGCCUACUAUAAGCCAGACAAACACCGAGGUGAGGUGAUUGUGUUCAAAAAUGACCGUGGUCACCCGACUACACCUUCGGUGGUCGAGUACAAAGCCGCUGAACAGGAGGUGAUUGUGGGCGAUGUGGCCAAAGAGAACCAGAUAUCGUCUCCCAGACAGACCUUAUACUCAAUUAAGCGUUUGAUUGGCCGUAAGUACAGCUCCGAUGAGGUGACUACCGAUCGGAAACACUGGCCCUUCCGUGUGAUAGACAUGGGUCAGGACGAGCCGGGCCUCGAGGUGGAGACCAGUCCGGGUAAGACCGAACGGUUUAUGCCCGAAGAGGUGUCGGCACAGGUGUUGAAAAAGAUGAAAGAGAUCGCUGAGCAACGGAUGAGCACCGGUGACGAGCGGGUGGUCAUAGAAAACUGCGUGAUCACUGUGCCGGCAUAUUUUAACGAUGCCCAACGCGAGGCCACGAUAGGCGCGGCCACAAUGGCCGGCCUACACGUGUUGCACAUUAUGAAUGAACCCACGGCCGCGGCGCUCGCCUAUCAGAGCAACCGAUUUGAUGAUCUUAGAACCAGGACCGUGUUGAUAUACGACUUUGGGGGUGGCACGUUUGACGUAUCGAUACUAGCGCUAGAGGGCGGCGAAGUGCGCGUGUUGGCCACGCACGGCGACAAUCACCUAGGUGGCGACGACGUGGACAACAACAUGAUGGACCGUUGUUUGGCAGAGUUUGAGCGCCAGACGGGUCAGGCGGUGGACGUGCGGACCGACGCCGGAGCCGUGGCUCAGAGGCGACUUAAACGCGAGUGCGAGCGCCAGAAAUGGGACCUCAGCGAGACCAACUCGGCCAGGGUGACCAUCAACAACUUUUUCGACAACAAUCACCUGGAUGUCGAGCUGACCCGCAAGGAUUUUAACACAAUGAACGCAGCGCUGUUCGCCAGUACAAUGGACUGCGUGAACAUCGCGAUGGGUAUAGCGGGUAAAACACCCAGGGACAUUGACGAUGUGAUCUUGGUGGGCGGCUCCACGCGUAUACCCUAUGUGCGCGAGAUGUUGGCCGACGAGUUUCUCAAUAAGAAUCUGUGCCAAUCGAUUGAUCCGGAUUUGGCUGUGGCCGAGGGGGCGGCCAUUCAGGCGGCCAUAUUGAACGGUAACCAGGCUCAACGACUGGGUAAAUUACGUGUGCUUGAUGUGACGCCCUAUAGGCUGGGCGUAGCUAAAGAGGGUGACCAGUUUUCCGAGAUUGUAGAGGCCCAGUCGAGCAUACCGUGUUCUAGGUCAAAAACAUACCGCACAGUGCAAAAUGGACAGACUAGCAUUGACGUGGAGGUGUACGAGGGCAAUGAACCAAUGGCCAGCGCUAAUCGGCACCUGGGUCGAUUUACCGUGUCCAAUAUACCGCCCGGACCGGCCGGCGAGCAUACGAUCCAGAUCAUUUUUGACAUAGACGAUGAUGGCAUUUUAAAGGUGCGCGCGCUCAAUCUGUCCACUGGUCAAACUGCCGACGGUAUUGAAGUGGUCAAACACAGUGGCCGACUCACUGCUCAGCAGUUGCAGGAGCGCGCCAUCUAG